AUGGAACUGAAACUCGUGUAUCGCAUACUUCGGGCGCUUUCAGACUCGGCUCUUGAUUUCUACUCUGAAGUACACGUUGAAGGGGCACACAACGUACCUGCAGAUGGACCACUUAUUGUGGUCUCGUGCCACCACAAUGAGAUACUCGAUAUAGCCACCCUCGCGGUAACGGUCCCGCACAGGAGGCCACUCUGUUUCUGGGCGAAGUCAUCGCUGUUCAGGAACCCGCUUGCCCGCGCGAUCCUCCUCAGCUCUGGGAGCAUCCCAGUCAGGCGCAAUCCCAAUAGCACCGCGGACCCUACAAAUGCCGACCGCCGUGCAACAGAGAGUGAGAGCGAGGCGCGUCAGGCGCUCUUUCGGGAGACAUUCCGUGCGCUGGACGAAGGAAGAGGCGGCACGGUCGGUGUCUUCCCGGAGGGUACGAGUUACACGCAGCCGGGGAUCGUACAAGUUAAGGAAGGUGCGGCGUGGGCGGCGCUGGAGUACCUGCGUUGGCUGCAGCAGGGAGGCGAAUCGGAGGUGGGCGGGAGGGUGUUGGUCGUACCGGUGGGGAUCGUGCAUACGGCGAAGACGAGAUACCAGAGUCGGAUGGCGGUUAGAUGGGGACUCCCCAUAGACGUGGCGGACUUUGCGCGAGAUCAAGACGUACAGACAGACGAAGACAUGCGUGUCGCAGCCAGGAAGCUGACCGAAGAGAUUGAACGGCGCAUGGUUGAGCUAACGGUCAACGCGCCAGACUGGGACACACUGUACGUCGCGAGAAUGGCGAGGGACAUGUUAUGGGACGACGAACGAAACAUAGCCGUGUCACAAUUCACGGACGUCUCUCAGGCAUUGAUCGACCUCUUCUCAACACUGAAUCCGCCACCCUCGCUCCCUCGAGCCCGCCGGUCUCUUCUGAACUACUACUCCCUCCUCCACUACAGCAACAUCUCCCACGCACAUCUCUCCGCACUCCUCCCCAGCCCCCACCACGCUCUGCCCACAUGCCCGCGCACCAUCUCGCUCUUGGUCAGGCAAUGUUUCAACACCGCACUCCACCCGCGCCUUCUGCUUUUCUUCCCUCCCUUCCUGCUGCACUUGCCUGCAUACGCGCUUGCGGGUAUAGCAGAGCGCGCGCUGGCUAGUCCGCGAAAUGAGGAGACGCACGCGCAGUACAAAGCCAUCUUCGGGAUGGUUGGGGCGGGUGCGGUGUAUGGCGUCUUGGGGUGUCUGCUUGCGCGGAUGGUGGGGCGGUUACCGAUCUUGGAAGCCAUGGCAGGGCAGGCGGUGUUGGAGGUGGUCCAGCGUGUAGGGGUUUGGCUCGUACGGCAUGGGGGUGUAGUGAGGGAUGGUUUGGUGUUGGUUGGGUCGGUAUAUGUGACAGCGAAGGUGCUGUCGAGGUGGCAUAACGCGCUUGUUGGAGCAAACCUCAGGCAAACUCAGCGUCUCGCUACUGCGUUCAAGCUCGCCCGCGGCAUCUGCUCGGCCCCCUCUUCUGAUCUGACCCUCGAGCAACUGGAGCUCUACGGAUCGCCCCCGGAACCACCUUUCAACCCUUUCAUCAAGCGUCGUCCUGCUCAGGCAGCUCCAACGCCUGUCCUCCCGGCUUCGAAGAAGACCCGUCCAACUCGCGUGCCUCCAUCAUGGACGUUCAUCCGGCCGCUGCUCGAAGCCCGCAGAGAGGCGUCAUAUGCCCUCUCAGAUGCCCUCGCCGAUCUCGAGACACACGUCGCUUCACUUGACGAUGCCGUAUCGUCCACGUCGCGAGAUCCAACCGGUUUGGAUUCGAACUCUCCCGCAGCGGCUCUCCACCGGCUGAGGCAGCUCGGGGCCUGCUUCUGA